AUGAACAACAAAGCAGUGAAUAUAAUUCCUACAGAUAUAUGGACAGAGAUUUUCAAAUAUGUUAUUGAUGAACCGAGAAAACUUCCAAAAUACUGGUGUAAUCGAGGCCUAUCAAGAAGUAUAAAAGAAGGAGUCGAGAAUGCUGCUGCUGAUAUUUUACGUGAGAAUGUUAUAUUUUCGCUUGAUGUUUCUGUUACCAGAAAAGGAGUUUGGCCAUACGAUGCACAUCAAUAUUUAUUAUCUAGCACAACUCUACCUUUUCCCAUUCCAUGCAACGUACCCUACGCCGCAUUUUCAUUCCCAUUAGUUGUCGAGAAUUUGGAAAUUAAUGCACUAGGCUUGGCCACAAUUCACUUCGAUUUGAAAUAUAAAUUGAGACCACCGCAAUUAGAAAAUCCCGACGACCAGGAGUACAGUGAUUUAUUUGUUUUCCCCGGAUUGAGAACGACGACCAUGGCUACAAAUAAUUUAUUACUAUUGAAUAAUAAUCGUCAACGUGGUCAUCAAGAUGACGAUGAAAAUAACGAAUCGAACUGGAAGAACUUGUGCGCAAAUUUCGAGUUUUGGAAAAUGUCAGCUGAUCGAGGAGUUUGGUGGUCUGGCGCAAUUGGAGUAAAAUAUCAGUUUGAUUUGAGCGGCAGUUUCAAAUUGAAAGUUGACGAAGUUCUUGUUCGACCCAUACAUGGAUGGAUCUGA